AUGAAUCGAAUGAAAAUUUCAUCAUCAUUAUGCCUCUCAUCACACCGAUGGGGAAUGUGUUUCAAACAGAACCGUUUUAUAACCCAACACGAUCGGAAUGUUAUGAAUCAUAAUUAUUUCAAAUGUGUUCAAUACUAUUCAACGGUGAAUCAUGGUCAUUCAUCGGCAUCGUCAGACUUUUCCAGUUCCUCAUCAUCAUCACAUAAUGAAAAUAUGGAUUUGAAAAAACAAUCUCGUGCUCACUUUCAACUCAUGCAUAAAUUAGGACAACUUUCUUCGCGAGCCAUUACGAAUCAAAAAUUGUCAAAAUUUGAAGAAGCACUCGAAGAUUACAAGAAAAUAAUUGAACUACAACCCGAUUCUGUAUUUGCCUUGUUACAAAUUGGUCAUUUGCUUGCUUUUGAUUUGAAACGAAAACAAGAGGCCAUACCAUAUUUUGAACAAGUGCUUCAACUCACAACAGCACCUCCUCCAAAUAAUACUGAAUUGCAACCUCAUGAAAUGGAUGAAAUUCGAAUGUUAGCCAUCGAGUUUCAACCAAAAGCAAAUUAUUUUCUAGCAAAGGUCUAUUUGGAAAUGGUCAAUGAAAAUUCUUCCAUGAUGGAGGGUCAAGAACGAACUCAAAUUUUGGAAAAGGCAAAAGUGGCCAUUGAUAAUGCUAUAAAAUUGUUGCAUGACGUGAGAGAGGAUUUAGAAAUUCCUAUUGAAGUAUUACAACCUUUUGAACAAUUACAAGAACAAGUACGUCAUGAAUUGGGAGUGUGA